AUGUCGAUGAGCACUACCGCACCAGAGAAAUACCACAAGCUCCCCGACGGACGAACGUUGGCGUAUUCCGAAUCUGGCGAUGCCUCUAGCACAACUCUCAUCAUUUUCUUCCAUGGCGCAUUCGGAGUGGGCAAUGCGUCUAAUCCUCCCCGCGUUCUCGUAGAAGGCGAUUUCCAUUUCGUUGCUCCGACUCUUCCUGGAUGGGGCAAGUCAUCUCCAAGAAACAAGCAAAUCCCGUACCACCUCUCCUUCCCAGCCGACAUCGCUUCCUUGAUCGAGCAAGCUCACCCGCUGAAAGAAGAUACCAAGAUAUAUCUCUCCGGAGGUUCCUAUGGAACCGUCCCCGCGCAGGUCCUGUAUGGAGCACCAUUCGACGUCUUCCCUCCUGGAUGUCAUGUCGCGGGAUGCCUCAUUCUCGCACCGUUCUCUCCGUUCAAGCUACACAAGGAGUACAAGAACGACAUGACCUUGCAGAAUUACCUAGCGGUCGGUCCACCCUCGCAAUAUAUCCCCUUCAAUCUUAUUGCCCGUCUGGGAUCCCUUGCCUUGGGCCACAAAUUCAAGACACGGGAGCAAACGGAAGCCUUCAUUCGGGAGACAUUUUUCAACAAGAUGGGGGACGAAGAACGCGCCGCUUUCACCAAAUGGAGUCAAGAUAACGACAGGACAGAAGCUCAGGUCGAGCGUGACUUGGGGGACAACAUGUAUCGGAGCGUGGAGGAAACGUGGGAUGGUUUCUUGGAAAUUUCUAAUAUUAUUCAUGGGGAUUGGGGUUUCAAUCCAGGUUCCCUCGACGAAGAUCACGCCAAACGUCCCAUCGUCAUCGUUGCAUCUGAAGGAGAUACUAUGGCUCCUGAUGGUAUGGCCAAGUGGCUCGCAGCGACUUACAAGAAAGCGCACUUCCGAUCAGUUAGUGGUGGGCACCUUGCAAGCCUCUUUCAUUUGAACGACCUGUGGAAGGACCUGCUGGCAAUGUGA